CGCAGCGUCUUACUCUUGGGUAGCAGGCUUACUCGUACUUUCAUCAAUCCGCGCCUUCCUAUUGUUCUCUGAAAAUCCGCGAGGUUUCAGAACUCAGAAGAAUCGCCACCGCCGCCGCCGAGGUUGGUCUGUAAGAAGAAACUGGUGUCACUGAAUGUCUCAUGGCCAUCUCCUCCACAAGCCUUGCAUCUCUCUGCAAGCCUUACAUUGCUUCAUUUAAUUCCAUCAGGGUACCCCGCAAAUUAGAGGAAUCCCACUUGAGUCCUUCCACCUUUAAACGUUCUUCAAUCUCCUGUACUCUUACCAGAGAUUCGGCUGUUACAAUGGUGGAGAAAGACAGCAAAUCGACGGUUUUGCAACGACCCGAUUCCUUUGGCAGGUUUGGCAAAUAUGGAGGGAAAUACGUCCCUGAAACCCUCAUGCAUGCUCUCACGGAGCUCGAAUUGGCUUUUCACUCGCUUGCUUCAGACGAACAAUUCCAGAAAGAACUAGACGGGAUUUUGAGAGACUAUGUAGGGCGGGAAAGCCCACUUUACUUUGCGGAGCGGCUCACGGAGCACUAUAAACUUCCGAACGGUGAAGGCCCACUCAUAUACUUGAAGAGGGAGGAUCUCAACCAUACUGGGGCUCAUAAGAUCAACAAUGCUGUUGCUCAAGCUUUGCUUGCCAAGCGUUUGGGGAAAAAACGUAUCAUAGCUGAGACAGGAGCAGGACAGCAUGGAGUAGCAACGGCAACUGUAUGUGCUAGGUUUGGCUUGCAGUGCAUCAUCUACAUGGGUGCCCAGGAUAUGGAGAGGCAAGCCCUUAAUGUCUUCCGAAUGAGGCUUCUUGGGGCUGAGGUGAGGGCUGUCCAUUCUGGGACAGCCACACUAAAGGAUGCAACAUCAGAGGCUAUUCGGGAUUGGGUGACUAAUGUUGAGUCAACUCAUUAUAUUUUGGGUUCUGUUGCUGGGCCACAUCCAUAUCCUAUGAUGGUGAGAGAGUUCCAUGCUGUGAUUGGGAAAGAAACAAGAAAACAAGCAAUGGAGAAAUGGGGUGGAAAACCAGAUGUGCUGGUUGCCUGUGUUGGUGGAGGUUCAAAUGCGAUGGGUCUAUUUCAUGAAUUCGUUGAUGAUGCGGAUGUUAGGUUGAUUGGCGUGGAGGCUGCAGGUUUUGGCUUAGAUACUGGCAAGCAUGCUGCUACUUUGACAAAAGGGGAGGUAGGAGUACUGCAUGGGGCUAUGAGCUAUUUAUUGCAAGAUGAUGAUGGGCAAAUAGUCGAACCUCAUUCUAUUAGUGCUGGGUUGGAUUACCCUGGGGUGGGACCAGAGCACAGCUUUUUAAAAGAUUUAGGACGUGCUGAAUACUAUAGCAUCACUGAUGAGGAAGCUUUGGAUGCUUUCAAAAGAUUAUCCCGACUGGAGGGCAUAAUACCAGCUCUGGAAACAUCUCAUGCUUUGGCUUACUUGGAGAAGCUAUGCCCCACUCUACCUGAUGGAACCAAGGUUGUCCUUAACUGCAGUGGCCGAGGAGAUAAGGACGUUCAAACUGCCAUCAAAUAUUUGGAGGUCUAAAUACUGUCUGUGUUCCAUCUUUUGGUCUUAUUUGAUUUAUACGACAAGAGGAGUUUCUCUUUGCAUGUAGUCUUGUCAAGAGCCAGCCUCAAGACGUCUCCACAUUUUAAUAAAAUGCGAUGGGGUUAUUUGAACUA